GACCUUUAGCUGAUAGACUCUAAUCUUGAAGAGGGGUCGGCUGUACUGCGUUAGAAAGAAGCUCCAGAGGUCUCUCUCCGUGUCUUGAGUCGGUUUCCACUGAAUGCUCGCUUCAGAUUAAAAUUAGCUGCUCAAAAUGGAUAGCAAAGGUCGAAUACCACCUCCUCAUCUAAGGCGUCCUCAUCCAGGACCUGGAAUGGUGCAUCCAGAGCCAUAUGGUAUGGGAUUACACCCUCCACCUGGUGCCUUUCCGCCUUUUGAUAUGUUGCCUCCUCCGGAAGUUAUGGAACAAAAGUUUGCUGCACAACAUGUGGAGAUGCAGAGACUUGUGACUGAGAACCAAAGGCUUGCUGCCACCCAUGGGACUUUGAGACAAGAACUUGCUGCUGCGCAGCAUGAACUACAGAUACUGCACGCUCAAGUAGGAGCUGUAAAGUCUGAGAGAGAACAACAUAUGAGGAGCCUUAUGGACAAGAUUGCCAAGAUGGAAUCUGAACUGCAAGCUGCAGAGCCUGUUAAGUUAGAGUUGCAGCAGGCACGGACAGAUGCCCAGGGCCUGGUUUUAGCAAGGCAGGAACUUAUUUCUAAACAUCAACAAUUGUCUCAGGAUCUUCAGAGGGUCCACUCAGAUGUUCAGCAGAUUCCUGCUCUAAUUUCAGAACUUGAGAGCCUUAGACAAGAAUAUCAACACUGCAGGGCAACUUAUGAUUAUGAAAAGAAAUUGUACAAUGACCACCUCGAGUCACUUCAGGUGAUGGACAAGAACUAUAUUACCAUGGCCAGGGAACUGGAGAAACUUAGAGCAGAGUUAUCAAAUAGUGCCAACAUUGACCGAAGAGCUGGCGGUCCUUAUGGUGGCACACCUGGAAAAAAUGAAAACGAGGCUUCUGGGAAUCCUGCUGGGCAAAGUGCUUAUGAAGAUGGCUAUAAUAUUCCCCAGGGACGUGGCCCUCCUCCUGUUGCUAGUGGUGGUGGCGGUGGUGGCGUUGCUACUGCUGCUUCUGGUGGCACUCCUACUUAUGGAGUUCAAUCCGGGUCUGCUUCUGCACGGGCUGGCUAUGAUGCACUGAGAGGACCUGGUUAUGAUGCAUCUGGAGGACCUGCUUAUGAUGCACGAAGGGGACCAAGUUACGAUGGACAGAGGGGACCUGGAUAUGAUAUGCAGCGAGGACCCAAUUACGAUAUGCAGAGAGGAGCUAUUUACGAUGCACAGAAAGGAGUUACAUACGAUGCCCAGAGACCUGGUUAUGAUACACAGAGAGGGCCUGUUUAUGAUGCAUCCAGGGGUGCUAGCUAUGAUGCACAGUCCAGAGGUGCUGCUGGGCCUCACGGGCAUGUGGCACCUGCAAACAAUGUGCCUUAUGGGUCUGCGACGCCACCUACUCGUGGUGGAACUGCAUACGAUGCACCCCCCCGCAGUGGAAACCCUGUCAGGAGAUGAGUGUGAUGCAUUGCUCCAAUAUUGACGGCGUUCAUUGUGGUUCAGUAUAUGUGAUUGUUCAGAGUUGUAUCAUUGAUCCGCUAAAUCUUUGCAAUUUGUCGUCUCCUAUGUAUUCUCACUUUCUUAAAGACACCCAAGAGGGGCAAGAAUCUAGUAUCUUGCAUUUUGCUGAUUA